UCGUUAAUGUUUAAGUGAAACUUAAAGCACAACGGUUCCGCAUUAAUCUGACAAAGUCCUAACUUUACCAUGCAUCUAAAAAAAUCUCUUCUGUUUCUUGAUCUGUAAUUUCAUUAAGGUUUGUAAAGACUUAAGCAAAUCCUGUGAAUAAAAACCUGCGUCUGUUGGAAAGGCUGAAGGCUGUAUGCGGAAUGCCACCUGCGCUGUUUUACGUUUUUUUGUUGCUACAGUAAGUACACUGUGUUGGGGUUUUACCGUUCUGCACAGGGCUCACAAUAUACUCAAUGUCAAUCUUACGUGAAAAACUGAGAUCGGCAGAGCAUUGAAUGCGUGUGGUUCUUCCUUGACACCGUCAUCAAGCCGUGCUGCAUUUGCCUUAGAAAAUAAAUUCCUGUCAACACUAGAAGAACCUGUUUCACAAGUAUGUGGAGAGAUAUAUAAACCUCUUGCAGUACUGAGAUGGAUUAAACAAAUGUUCUGUUUUCUGCACGGCGCACGUCCUCUCGAUCUCGUUGGAUGUUCUUCGUGAAAUGGCGGAAGGCAGUAUUUCGUGGGCUCUGGAGCAGUUCAGCUGUUCGAUCUGUCUGGAUCUGCUGAAGAAUCCCGUGACCAUUCCCUGUGGACACAGUUACUGUAUGAGAUGCGUUUCAUGCUCCUGGGAUCAGGAUGAACAGAGAGGAGCUUACAGGUGCCCGCAGUGCAGAAAGAGCUUCAAACAAAGACCCGCUUUAUCGAAGAAUGUGGUGUUCGACGAAAUGGUGCAGAAGUUGAGAAAGAUCAUGAGGCAAGUUGACGAUUCUGGCCGCUGCACAGAUCGAGAUGUGGAGUGUGACGUCUGCACUGAAAUUAAAGAAAGAGCCGUUAGGUCUUGUCUGGCGUGUGUGAGUUCCUACUGCGAAAAUCAUCUUAAACAACAUGAGAAUCUCUUUAAAGGAAAGGGGCACAAAAUGAUCGAAGCCACUGGUAACCAUCUGGACAAAAACUAUGAGACCGCAAAAACAACAAAGAUGCAGGGUCAUUUGGCAGAGAUGAGAAAGAAAUGUAUGCAAAAGAUCCAACAGAGAGAGCAGGAGCUUCAGAAGCUUAAAGAAGCCGUGGAGUCCCACGAGCGCUCUGCACAGACGGCACUGGAGAAGAACGAGAGGAUCUUUACUGAGCUGAUGUCAUUCUUCGAGAGACGCCGCUCUCAAGUGACACAGAUGAUCAGAGAUCAGCAGACGGCUGCAGUGAGUCGAGCUGAAGAACUCUCCGAGCGACUGAACCAGGAGAUUGAAGAUCUGAGGAGGAGAGACGCUGACCUCCAGCAACUUUCACAAACUCGUGAUCACAUUCAGCUCCUCCAGAAUUGCAGAUCUAUUUCUGUCUCCGGAUCUUCCGAAUCGCCCAGAAUUACCGUCAGUUCUCUUUUGUCUUUUGAUGACGUUGUGAAAUCUGUUGAUAAACUCAGAGACAAACUGCAGAAUUUCUGCAAUGAGGAAAUUGAAGUGAUAUCUGGAACAGUGAAAGAUAUUCAGAUAGUUGUUCCGGUCAAGGAACGCCAAGAGGAGUGUUGCAAAUAUUUCCGUCACUUCACUGUGGAUCUGAACACUGUGAAUAAAAACCUGCGUCUGUCCGAAGGGAACAAGGCGGUGACGGACACGGGCACCACUCAUCAAUACCCUGAACAUCCGGACAGAUUUCACGGUUGGAAGCAGGUGUUGUGUAAAGAGAUUGUGAGAGAUCACUCUUACUGUGAGAUUGAACUGACGGGGAGUUAUGGAGCGUCUGUUUCAUUGUCCUAUAAGAGCAUCAGUCGAAAGGGAAUGGGUGAUGAGUGCAGAUUUGGAUAUAACGAUCAGUCCUGGAGAUUGUUCUGCUCGCCCUCCAGAUUCUCAUUCUGUCAUAAUAAAAAAGAGACUAAUCUCACAGUGCUGCCUAACUGCUCUAGAAUAGGUGUGUAUGUGGAUCACAAAGCAGGAGUUUUGUCUUUCUACGGCGUCUCGGACACGAUGACCCUCAUCCACAGAAUCCAGACCACAUUCACUAAACCUCUCCAUCUAGGAUUUGGGUUAGGCAUGAACUCAAAAGUCAAACUGUGUCCUUUAACGAAACAUUCAGAGAUACUGUGAAUCAUUUUGACACUAUGAAUCAAGUCUUUUCAUAUUUACAAAUACGUUACAGUGUUCAGUGUUAGUCGUCAUCGUCGUGUGGAAAUGAAUGCUGAAGUUGUUAAUAUUUGUACAUUUGAAUGUAUUUUUUAAUGGACCUUCCUUUUUUUGUAAAUAAAUGCACUUAAAUGCAGAAAACAGUGUUGUGUUAUAGGCACAUUUUACACACAAGUACAACUUUUUGGUUUUAAAAUAGGAUCCAAGUCCUAUAUGCACAACAUUUGCCCGCAUG